AUGAACCAGCUGAAAUCUAACACCGCUAUGGCAGAUGGAAAAUCUGAAAAACUACCUGACGAAAAUUUUGUGUUCGACUCGUCGGAGGAUGAAGAAAUCUCAAUGAUAUUUGGAUUUAAGGAGGACGACGCUCAACAAAAACUUAUCAGUUUUCCCAAAUCAAUUCGUAUUGUGAUUAGCCCAGAUCUCCAAGCUGAAAUCGGCGUAGAAAUCGGCCCAACUAUUAGUGCCGAACAUCCUUGGAAACAAAUUAAAAAGGACGUGCUUGAAGACCAUAUUUCGGAUAAAACAAAAGAGCAACAGCUUUUGAAGGAGAUGUUGAAAGAUUUGGAGUCUGGCAAACUUAUUCUUAUUGGUUAUUCACCUGAAUUAUCAAACGAAGAAGACAUAUUUACAGUUUUCCUAGAUGACCGUGAAAUGAAAGAGGCUAGCGAAAUUAUAAAACGCCUUGAAUUACUUGAAAGACAUAAGGCACGAGCUGUACUCAAGAAAUGCUCUAAUAAAUGGAAAGAUCAUGGAAGCCACAACAAGGUGCAAAGUUUUAUUCCAAUCACGCGGAACAAUGUUGUCAAUUUGGAAACUCAAAGCAUAUUUCCUGUCAAACGAUGUAGUUACGAUUUCAAUAAUCGUUUUGUAAAUGAUGCAAGAGAUGGAUAUAUAGAAUUAGUUCCCGGCAAGGCAGAUUUCGUAAAUGUAUAUCGCAUGCAAGUGGAUUUUGCCGUACAAACAAAUUCACCAAAAAUUCACCGAGCUCAACAAACUGAUCCAACGUUUCCCACGAAUGCUUGGUCCCAAUACUUGUAUGAGAUAACUGAAGAAGAAAAACAAGCUGCGAACAAGUCGAGUGCUGUUAUCGAUGAAAAAUCUCAGUCACCAAAAGCCAAUAACUACGUCCAGGAGCUACUCAAUACGCUGGAGUUCAAUCAAGUCGACAUGUACAAAAAUGACUAUCCAUUUAUUUCCAAGAAAAAAGUUCACAAGUAUCAUACGCCGAUUGUUGAAGAAUGUCUGAGUUUUGCAGAUCGUGCAAAAUGCGAGAAUCGAUAUGUUUCAGCAUUGCAUUGGCAUCCGGAAGUAACAGGCAUUUUUGCUGCAGCUUAUAAUUUUAAAACUAUACGAACCACUGAAAAACUUUAUGACCGCAAUGCAAGCGAUCCGGUUAAUAGAAUUAUAUUCGAGAAAAACCCUGUAUUGGUGUGGGGCUUCGACGAUACGCUUACCCCAAAGUUAGAACUUAGAUCUAGUCGUGAAGUUACGACGUUGUCAUUUUGUCCUUACGAUGCUAAUUUACUCCUGGGAGGUUUGACGAAUGGUCAACUAAUCAUAUGGGACCUAAAAGGCCAGUUAGAGCUAAUCGAAAAGAUGGAUGAAACGUCUACCAAGCAAAUGCAUAAUAGGAUCAAAAUUAGAAAACAAAUGGGUUGGUGUGCAAUUGAAGAAGACGACCGUACUGUUGAACCAGUUGCUAUCAGUGCACUAGAUAAAUCACCUCGACAACAGAUCCUUGUGAUAAAAUGGUUGCCGCGAAACUAUUAUUGUGCAACAACUGGACAAAUUCGAGCCCAUGCAGAAAAAUUACAUCGCUUUAUAUUAACAGCAUCCAUUGACGGCUCUAUAUGUUUUUGGGAUUUAGAUUUUACAGUUCCAUCGAUGAAAAAAGCUACACAGACUACCAAAACUGUGACAGGAAGCGAUUUUUCGCCUUAUCAAUGCUUAGAUAACGUAUUUUAUCCCAUAUUUCGAAUUAAAUGUGAUACUCCAAUCACUUCGGUGUCAAUUGAUGAAUCGGUUUUCAAAUUUGUUCCGGUAGCAUUUGAUAGACGAGAAAAAGAUUAUAAACAAGAUGAUAUUGCAGCUAAAAUUCAAUAUCACGUUGAACCUGUACCAAUCGAAUAUCAAAUGAAGGUAGUAAUUGGUACCGCAUUGGGAGAGAUCGUUAGUGGCGACUGGGAAGGACAUGAUUUUGAUCAAGGAGCCACUACCAAUGAAGAAAAUUUAAAAUCGAAGGCGAAAUUCGCGUCAAUUCAUGAUGGCCCAGUGUUGGAAAUUGAAAGGAAUCCAUUUUGUUCGGAGAUAUUUUUAAGUAUAGGCGGUCACAUUUUAGCAUUGUGGAGUGAAAAUUGCCAGGAUUCGGCCAUAUUUUGGAGACAACGAAAAAUUCUUGUUAUUGGCGCAAGAUGGAGUUUGGAUCGGCCAUCAGUUUUUUUUAUUACCGAUAGUAAUGGUGACUUAGAAAUUUGGGAUGUUCUUGUUAGAAUUGACGCUCCUUGCAUGAUAACUAGUUUAGGUGGACAUAUACUAAGUUACGUGUUGCAGCACAAACUGCCUACUGCAAAAAAAUAUUUAGCUGUGGCUGAUUAUAACAGUAACAUACGUAUAUUGACUAUCCCUCUCGCUUUCUGUGAACAAGUUUCAAACGAAAAAGUGAAAUUUAUGAAAAUUAUUCAGCACGAGCUGUCACGCAAAAAGUCGCAAGACAAUUGGGUUCAAACUUAUUACGAUGCACAUAAGGAAACUAUAGAAAGCCAGCUUAAAGCGAAACGUGAAGCUAAAGAACUUGCUGAACGUAUGGAAAUUGAACAAAAAGAGCAUGCGGAAUUUUUGAAGCGUCAGGCUACUGAAGAAGCUAAAAAGAAAGCAAAACAAGAUGCCGAAAAGCGUGUUGACCUCGCUAAACGCUUAGAAGCUAAAUGGAGACAAAAAAGUUACAAGCGGUUAUUACAUAGUAUGAUGGCAAGAAGAAAUAUUAGUCCACGGCAUUUAGCGAAACAAAUGCAACCCGAAGGAGAAAGAAGGAAGUACAAUGAAGAGAAACGUUUAGCGAUCGCAGGAGAUUUAGCUCGUAUUGAUGCAGAUUAUAAUGAUAUCAAAUUUCAACUCUUGCCAAUAGAUAAGACCACAAUGGCAAGAAGUGAGAAACUGCGAAAACACGUUGAUAAAUUUAAAGAUGAAAUGAUAGACUACCAUCGUGUAGAAGCUGAAGCUAAGGAUGUAUUGAACUGCUUUCAAUUACUACCAGUUGCUAAUUUCACUGACGUCUUGGUAAAAGGAAGGCAACGCAGGGAAUUAAUUAACCGCGAAUCAGGGUCAAAUUUGGAGCACAUGGAGAACUACGAACGUAAAAAAAGUCAACGUGAACUAGCUGCGGAUGAAGCUCGCGAGGAAAUAGAUAGCAUAACGAGCAAUAUGAGUCCCGAUGCCUUGCAACGGGCACGUUGCGUAACUUUUAUUGAUGAUGUUCCCGAUGAGUUACGUAAACAAAUAAAUGACGAUCAUGAAAUUGAAUCCCCACGUAAAAACACACCAGUACAGGAGGAAUAA